AUGACGGGGAGACCCCAAGCUGCAAGGUCCCGCAAUGGCUGCAUCACCUGCAAGAUUCGUCGCGUGAAAUGUGACGAGCAAAGGCCCGAGUGCAAUCGGUGCGUGUCCACUGGAAGAACCUGCGACGGCUAUCAGGAUGGGUCCCAGUCCCAAUCUCAGGCCCGGAAACCCUGCUCCCUGCGGAUCAUCCAGCAUAUCCCGCCGGGUCGGAAGAUCCAGCCUGCAGUGCAGCUGAAUGUCGAUGAGCAUCGCAGUCUGGAAUUCUUCCACCACUAUACCCUACCGGGUCUAGGACCAGAGGUGGGCUCGUAUCUGUUGCAGGCAACGACCAGUGAGCCAGUUAUCCGAUUCGUGGCUAUGGCGGUGGGCUCCGUGCACCGCUCCUUCGCCUUCUUAAGCGACGAAGACACCACCUUCACUCUGCUCCACUACAACAAGGCCAUCCGACAGCUGGUGACGUCUCCACAGAGCAAAAGCACCGUCCUCCUUGCCUGUAUCCUGUUCUUCUGCUGCGAGUGCCUGCAAGGCCGCUACAAGACCGCCAUCCAACAUGCCCUGUCUGGGCUGCGAAUUCUCCAGCAGCAACAGUUGCUCCCCCCUAGCUCUCUCGAGAGGGCUCCAGCAGCGGUCUCCUCGCUCUUCCACGCUGUCCAGAGCCAGGUGCUCGAAAUCGAGGGCAUGGAAGGGCUGGACCCUGACUUGCAGCCCAAGCUGUCGCCACCUGCUUUGGACGCCAAUUCUCUUCAAGAAGGUUUCCCACUCGACGUGAGAGACCACCAACGCAUCUUCCGACAACUAUACUAUCGGUUUGUGCAAAUCGACGCCCUAAUCGAGGCAUUCGAGUCAAUCCCCAACGACCACUCCCCAGCACGUGUCGCACACGAACAGCAAUUACUGGCUGAGUGGUUCCGGGUCCGCGCUGACCUCAAAACGUGGAUGCACGACUUCGACCGCCAGAAUAUCCAUGCGUGGCAGAUAGACCCACGCACCACAUCUCUCCACGCACAUUCCAUCGCCAUCCUCAAAGCCUGGAAGCUGCUGUUCAGCAUGUACUUCCGGAUGGAGUGGCCGCCGUCCGAGCUGGCCUGGGACCGAUUCACCCCAGACUUCCAAUCCAUCGUCUCCCUGACAUCGGCCGUCACAGGCGACGUAACCGCACUUACCGUCCCGUCAGCCCCUCCUACCACCAGACAAGACAGAAAAUUCCCCCCGCGCCGAUCUGCACCGCCGCCACUUCUUCCAACCCCACCACCCCCAGCUCCAUCCCAACCCACCUUCACCCUCUCCCUGGGCUUCCUCACCCCGCUCUACAUCUGCGCCACCCGCUGCCGGGACUCGACGAUCCGACACCACGCUCUCCGGCUGCUCGAGACCUGUCGUCGGCGCGAAGGGGUGUGGGACUCCGACCUCGCCGCCCGGGUGGCGCGCCGCGUCAUUGCGAUCGAGGAACAGGCGGCCGGCGUGGAGCCGGGAAUUGCUGUAUAUCACCCUGCGGAUAUCAGCUUGGAAGCGCGCGUGCGGUCGUCGUCGCCGCAGUUCGCGGAAGGGCGGAAGGCUACCCUGCGGUAUGUUGGGGGAAGUAGUGGACCUGAGGUUAGGUUGAUGGAGGAGACGAUCGUUUGGUGA